AUGCCAAACGCGCCACAAAAUCCUGCGCACAAGAUUUCUGGAACGCCUAUCAUCCCUUAUCCUCCGUCACUCAGCUCAGCACCGACCGACCGACCUGGAACCUCACCGAAUGACCUUCCGCAAGCUGUCCCCACACCAAAAUACUCCGCAGGAUUCAGUCUUCCUUCCACACAUCCUUCUGGCCCUACUGCGGCAGUUUCUGGAUCCAUAGAGCUUCAGACGCCAGAUGACGCACCACACAGCAGUGGUCCUGUAACAAAACAUCCUGCGGGCCCUCAUGCACAUCAAGAUCGCCCUCCCGCCCCGCCCUUGCAAUCUCUACAAGGUGGCUCAGCACCAACGGAUCUACUAUACGUCGCUCCCCCGCCCAACGCUUCUGCCUCUGCAGUCCCUCCCGCCAAUGGUCCACCGCCCACCAACGGCACACAACCUCCUCCUUCUCCCACCUCUACUGCGUCCGCUGAUGGCACCCGUUCAACUGGGCUUUUACAAGGGGACCCUACCCCCAACCAUGAAGAACCGAGCAGCCCUACGCCGCCCGCGCCACUGGCUCUGGAUUAA